CUGAGUGUUUAAAGGCUUUAAAUUUUUUUAAAGCAGUUUUCCGCACAAAUGAAUAUGCUACACACCUUUAGCGGUGGCGAUAAUUGCGAUUCUGAAUUAAAGGAACGCCUUAUCGCCACCGUAAAAAAGGAAGUAAAACAAUUGAUGGAAGAGGCUGUUACCAAAAAGUAUAUACAUGAGGAAAGUAGUUCAGUAACUUCACUUUGUGGAGCUGUAGAGGCAUGUCUCAGUCACGGUUUGCGUCGACGUGCUUUGGGGCUUUUCAAGACCUCGUCGACUACUGCUCUUAUACAGAAAAUAGCUAAGACAUGUCCAGAAGCAGAUUAUGUAAGUCGACGCUUGUUAGAGAUCGAAUUAGCAAAUGAAUGCAAUACAAUUGCUGGUAAACGUUCAUGUUCGAGCAGCGAUAGCAUCAUUAAACCGAAGCUAUUGAGCAAGGGUAGCAGCAGUUCGGUUACAACGAUUAAUACUAUGUCAUCAGGAACAUCGGUUUCAGCACCUGUCGUCAAGUACCUGUGGAUACGCUUGGCAUUAUAUGAAAAGCGCUUAUCUAAAAUUAUAGAACAUCUCGUAAAUAAUGCAAAUAAUUAUUAUGAUCGAGACGCUUUAGUUGCGGAUCCAGAUUUUGGUUCUAUUUUGAGUUCACUAUUAGUUGCGUGA